AUGGUUGCAAGCGAUUUCUUUCUAUUAUUUAUCAAUCACAAGGGUAGAUUUGUGACUGUCGAUGGGUAUGAGACGUAUUAUGGUGAUUGUGUUGCCACGGUUACUGGGUUGGAUGCAGAUAGGCUAGGUUAUUUUGACAUUGAAGAUGAAAUAACGAAGUUGGGAUAUGAAAACUGGGAUGGUAAGGAGAGGGUAGCAAAGGAAAUAAUAGAGGCAAUUGACGAGGAGAAGAAGUCGGUGACGUUCAAGGUGAUCGGAGGCGAUCUUAUGGAGCUCUACAAAUCCUUCAAGCUCACUGUCCACGUGGACGCUAACGGGAACAACAUGAAUAUGGUGACAUGGACUCUAGAUUACGAGAAAAAGAACGAGAAUGUCCCAAAUCCGCAUUCCCUCAUGGACUUUUGUCUUAAAUGCCCUUCCCUUUGUCUCUCUGCACCGACCUCCUCCAAGCCCGCAUCUCGAACAACGCCAUUACCUUCAGUCAUAACCAGUCGGCAUUUCUCCUCAACUGCCGCAAAUAAGGCUCUCUUCUCCAGAACUCGAAUUCCGAUGGAUUGUACUCCGGCAAGAUUCCGAUUGAGCAGCGACACCAUCGCCGCAGCGUUCCUCAGCCACUUAGCCAGCUUUGGGUACCAGCAAAUUGCAGUUCGUCAUCCCGCUGCUAAGACCGUGUAG